AGAAGCGGUUUGGUCUCCAAAAACUCAGCCAUGACGUCUCCGGCGAAAUUCCGAAAGGACAAGGAGAUCGUGGCCGAAUAUGAAACUCAAGUUAAAGAGAUCCGUGCCCAGCUGGUGGAGCAGCUCAAGUGUUUGGACCAGCAGUGUGAGCUGAGGGUGCAGCUGCUUCAAGACCUGCAGGACUUUUUUAGAAAGAAGGCGGAGAUCGAGAUGGACUACAGCCGUAACCUGGAGAAGCUGGCCGAGAGGUUCCUCACAAAGACGCGCAGCACCAAGGACCAUCUACUCAAGAAGGAGCAGACCAUUUUAUCUCCGGUGAACUGCUGGAACCUGCUGCUGCUUCAGGUGAAGAGGGAGAGCCGCGACCACGCCACCCUGUCCGACCUCUACCUCAACAACAUCAUACCCCGAUUCGCGCAGAUCAGCGAGGACUCGGGACGCCUCUUCAAGAAGAGCAAAGAGGUUGGAGUACAACUGCAAGAGGACCUGUUGAAAGUUCUGACUGAACUUUACACAGUGAUGAAGAUGUACCACAUGAACAACACUGACAGCAUCAAUGCCGAGUCCAAGCUGAAGGAGGCGGAGAAGCAGGAGGAGAAGCAGAUGGGACGCUCCAGUCGACAGGAAGAUCGCCAGACGCCGCGCUCCCCUGACACCCUGGCCAGCAUCAAGAGCGACGAGAAGGUCGUCCGACGCUCCAGUGUGAAAAAAAUCGAGAAGAUGAAGGAGAAGAGACAAGCAAAGUACACUGAGAACAAGCUGAAGGCCAUCAAGGCCAGGAAUGAGUACCUGCUGGCACUGGAGGCCACCAACAGCUGCGUCUUCAAAUAUUACAUCCAUGACCUCUCCGACAUCAUCGAUUGCUGUGACCUGGGCUACCAUGCUAGUCUGCAUCGCGCCCUGAGGACGUACUUAUCUGCAGAGCAGAAUGUGGAGACGUCCAAACACACCGGGCUGGAAACACUGGAAGGAGCAGCAGAGAGUCUGGAGCCCAACGGGGACAAACAGAAAGUCAUGGAGACCUACAACAAUGUCUUCUGUCCACCAGCUCGCUUUGACUUCCAGUCUCACAUGGGAGACACGAUGGGAGUGGUGUGUUCACAGCAGCCGCUGGAAGAGGACCUUCUCCAGAGAUGUCAGCAGCUGCAGUCUCGCCUCUCCACUCUGAAGAUUGAGAAUGAAGAGGUGAAGAAAACCAUGGAGGCCACUCUGUCCACUAUUCAGGACAUGGUGACGGUGGAGGACUACGACGUCUCCGAGUGCUUCCACCACAGCAACAGCAUGGAGUCGGUGAAGUCCACUUUCAGCGAAUCCUAUCUGAGCAAACCCAGCCUGGCCAAGCGACGAGCCAAUCAGCAGGAGACGGAGCAGUUUUACUUCACAAAGCUGAAGGAGUUCCUAGAAGGAAGGAGCCUGAUCACCAAGCUGGAGGCCAAGCAUGAUUUAAUCCAGAAGACCAUAGGAGAGAGUCAGAAAACUGACUGUUGCCUUGCCAGUGGAAGGAGAAACUCGACCGUACGGAAGCAGGACUCGGGUGAAGCCAUUCCGCUGAUGGUCGAGAGCUGCAUCCGCUUCAUCAGUCACCAUGGUCUGCAGCACGAGGGCAUCUUCAGAGUGUCAGGCUCUCAGGUGGAGGUCAAUGACAUCAAGAACGCCUUCGAGCGAGGCGAAGACCCGCUGGCAGGGGACCAGAACGACCACGACAUCGACUCGAUAGCCGGAGUGCUGAAGCUCUACUUCAGAGGACUGGAGCGCGCCCUCUUCCCUAAAGAAGUCUUCCAUGACCUCAUUUCCUGUGUUUCGAUGGAGAGUCUGCAGGAGCGGGCGGUCCACAUCAAGAAAGUCCUUCAAGGCCUGCCGAGUAAAACCCUCGUUAUAAUGAGAUACCUGUUCGCCUUCCUCAACCACUUGUCUCAGUACAGUGAGGAAAACAUGAUGGACCCCUACAACUUGGCCAUCUGUUUCGGCCCCACCCUGAUGUCUGUCCCCGAAGGCCACGACCAGGUCUCCUGCCAGGCUCACGUCAACGAGCUCAUCAAAACCAUCAUCAUCCACCAUGACACCAUCUUCCUGGGGCCGCAGGACCUGCAGGGUCCCAUCUACAUCAUCCCUGGAGCCGGAGAUGACUUCUGUGACAGUCCACACUGUGAGCCCCCCCGCGUGGAAGAGCCGGCACCUGACGCCAUCUCUGUCGGCCACAACAGUGAAGAUGAGUCUGAGCCGGUCGAGGCCAUCGCUCGCUUCGACUACACGGGCCGCACCAGUCGGGAGCUGUCGUUCAAAAAGGGCGCCUCUCUGCUUCUGUUCCAGCGGGCCUCCGACGACUGGUGGGAGGGUCGGCACAACGGGGUGGAUGGACUGGUGCCACACCAGUACAUCGUUAUUCAAGACGCACCCGAAGUGGAACGAGGAAGUCCAAAGCCUGAUGUGGACAACAGAGACCUGCUGGAGGAGAGAGUGUCCACCAGAGGCAGCGCCGCCUCCCCCACAGGACCGCAUGUGGCGGACAUCUAUCUGGCCAACGUCAACAAGAUGAGAAAACGACCUGAACCCGGGAACAUCAGGAGACCGUUCCGCUCAGAGAGCGACACUACGAGUCCAGUCACUGGCAGCAGUGGGGGAGGAGGAGUGAGAGCAGCCUCUCUUCCAGGUGGGGCUCUGGUGAAGGACAACGGAGACAAACGUCCCGUCAGUGCUCACAGCAUCCUCAACUCAGUCACUCGUCACUCUUCGCUCAAAACAAAGGUGGAGAGUCCACAGUUAAGGAAGACGGCUCCUGCAGGACGUUCCAAGAGCUUCAGCAACCACAGACCACUAGACCCUGAGGUCAUAGCCCAGGUGGAGCUCAGCUCACAGGACUUGCAGGACUCGGCUCUGAGUGAGUUCAAUAAGUUUGAAAGACAGAGUUCCUCCAAACACACCCCUGACGUGGUCCUGGACACACUGGAGCAGCUGAAAGGCAUGAGUGGAGGAGGAGCUUCGGAGCCCUCCAGUCCUCUGCACUCCCGUCUGCUGCGGGACAGUGAGGGGGGGUCCUCUCAUCUACACCCACUCCAGCGCAGCGCCUCCUCAGCCAGCGACGUCCCGUCAUCCUUCCGCCCUGCUAAGAGCCAGCUGCGGAGCCCCCUGCCCUCUGCCACGUCCCCCUCCUUAUCAUCCUGCUCUCUCUCCUCAUCUGUACCUUCCUUUAGGGAGCAGCGCCCCCCAGCCACAAGACCCAAGCCGGUGGUGUUCCCGAAGAGUGGAGGAGGGACUGGGAGUCCAGCAACGGGCUCCCCAACUUCCACUGUACCGCCCACGCCACCUCCCCCACUUACACCCCACGCACACUCGCUCCCUCACGCCCCUCCUCCUCCUCCUCCACCCCAGUCCAACGACAAGUCCUGCCCAGCAUAAGUCUCCUAAACCAACUGCAAAAUGUUUCCUCUAAUAAACUCUUAAAUUUUCACAUCUGUUCUUGAACGUGCAAAAAUCACUUCAGUCGUUUUGUGUAGAACUCACAACUCCCAUGUAGCAUUUACUUCCUGGUGCGCAAACAAGUUCUUGAAUUUUAUUUUAUUUUUUUAAUCAAGCGACAAGAGUCUUCCCUCUUGUGGCAGCUCUGCUUUACUACAACUCAGCCAUGAAAAGGUGCAGAACCAGAUUCCUUACAUGGAUUCAGGGUGGACACAUGCAGAUCUACAAACGCUUGUUUUGGAUAUAGUUUUGUUUGCGUGGAGGUGUGUUCGAGUGUUACUUUCCUUUACACACAGAUUUACACCAGGAACAAGAAGCACUGUUUGAUCGUGUUUUGUAUAAUGGACAUGACAGGUUUUCCUUUUGAUUUUUCUUUUUAUUGAACCCGUGACUAGCAGAUCAGAUGAAAGCGUUUGAUUUCUGACAGUAGACUGUGAACAGUGAAGCUCUCGUUUUGUAGAAAUGAAACACGCUGACUUGCUGCUUCAGAGGGCGUAGAUGGGAAUUAGGAGCGGGUCUUCGGGAUGAUGAAAGGAUGAAAAACUGGGCCAAAUAUCAGUGCAAGUCAUGUGAUGAAGAGCUGUACUUUAUCUCUUCUUCUUUGAUUUUAUUGCUGUUCAGAACCACAAUGGGAGCAUAACAUGACCCGUACACCUAAUAUGGCCAACUGUAAUUCUAAAUCAAACAUAGCAAUUAAACAAUAAAAGCUGAUUUUUAAAACAAUUCUGCUACACGUGUAGGGGACCACUGAAACAGCAUUUUUAUGUCUUUAUAGACCGUGCACACACACACACAUUUGCUCCUAAUGGGUGUGG